AUGCUCCUGUUUCGACCUUGGUCUCUGCUGCUUUUGCUCCUCACAGUCGUCUUUGGUGAAUUGGCUGGCUUUUCGAAAUAACAUUUGUCUGCCCAAACCUUUGUGUAAAAAUUUUCCCACCCUACAAAACUAAAGAUAAAACGAGAUUCUAAUUCAGAAUUUUAUUAUUUACAUUAUUUGAAAAAUCAUGUCUACCUCUGCACGCAGAAUUGUUGUUUCCAACUCGUUCUAUUCAAUCAGAAAUAAUUGGCCCACUCAGAAAAAAAAAAAAUCAAUGCGAUGUUUAAAGGCACAUGGAUUUUCCAAAAUAAACAGAAAGGUGAAGCGAGAAAAUACAUUACCUUUUCCGACCAACAAGUCAACCAGUGCAUAAGGCCUGAAAUCAUGGUUUUUCAUUAAAAAUAGCUUCUAUUCGAAUUCUCGAACCGAAAAAUUGAUAAAAAGAAUUUUUGAAAAAAAUGAGGAUAAAACUAUUAUUUUUUUCUGUUAAAAAAAGAUAAUUCAGGGUGCUUAAACUUUUUAUUCUUUGUAUUUUUUUGAAAAUACUUGCUCGUGACACGUUAGCGGGAAAUGCAAGUAUAAACUAUACUGUAUGUAUGGUUGGAGAACAUUUCUGUUAGUAAAGGCGGGAAAAACACAAACUGAAGCCGGCAUAAAACAGCUGUAAAAUUUUUAGAUUUUUCGAAUUUUGACAAGAACGAAAAAACAUUACUAACGGAAAAUAAAAAAGUUCAAAAAAAAAAAUGUUUUUAAGCAAGCUGCGAUGAACGGUUCGAGCUGCGUGGCCACUGGAACGCCAUUUCAGCGCAAGACGUCAGAGACCUCAGUUCUCAAAAGUUUGACCAAGUUUCCAACGAGGCCCAUCAACGAGUUCUCAUCUCCUUGCACUAUUCCUUGAAACUUUCACUUUCAGUUCUCCAUCUUGUUUGGUACCAACUUUCGCGACUUUGUGAUAACCGAACUGAAGCAAGUUUUUUUUCUAUUAUCUGUCAUCAAAGCGUUUUUGUUCAGGAUUCACGGAGAAAACGUAGGAGAGGCCACUUCUGUGUUUGUCGGAUAUCUGACCACGAGCUCUGGAGCAACUCGCAAGAGCGUCAUCGAGGUCUUCGCUUCCUGCGACGACAUCGAAGUCUACUUUGUUCGCCACGCCAAAGGUAGCACACAGGAAUCUUAUCAUUUACCAGUUUCCUAUCACGGAAAUGAUAGAAAACUUGAGCGAUGUGAUCAAUUAUUACCAAAUUCAUGGCCGUUUUAGUGUCAUUCGCAAAAAAAAAAGUUUCCUAAUAGCUCAACUUUCAUUGCUCCAUGCGUGUUAUCAAUGACUUUGAGAGGUCGUAAAUUUCUUCGACAAGACUUGAGACGAGUCGCUUUUAAUUUAUGACAAAGUGUAACGAGUGCCAACGACAGAUGAUGAAAAUUUGGAGCGAUGGACUGCCCCGUUCCGAGAUGACGUCACUUCUUGCGUCAACGGAGGAAUCUUCCUGCCCAAUGGAACGUGUGCCUGUUUUCCAUAUACUUCUGGAACUCAGUGCCAAACUGUCACGUCAGCGAAAAAAAAAAGACUGGAAACUCAUCGAUAAGAAAUCCACUUGCAGGUGUCGCAACGGCGGAAUCCAAGAAGAGUGGAGAUGCUCAUGUCCUCCGGGUGUGUACACUCUGCACUGCGAGCCCAGUUAUCUUCCCAAAUCUUUUUUCAAAAUUUCGUCAAUUGUUUCAGGAACGUGUGCCACACCAGUUCAGAACACACUUGAUCUUUCGAAACAAUCUCUGAUCCUUGUCGUCAACCUCGUCAACUCUAUGGCUUUGGAUUUGAAUGUGUUAAUCACAAACCUGCCCGAACUUCUCAAAGACUAUAACAACUUGAAAGAAGGCGUCAUUCAAAACUACAUUGUCACCAGUUACAGACAGUCGAGUAUGCUCCCCCAUUAUUUUGAAAAAAAAAAAUGUAUUUCCUAUUCAGACAGUGCAUAUUUCAUAGAGACGUCGGUCUUCUUGACCUCUGAUGACCUUUUGAAUUACAUGCAACAACUGGUGGUCGCUCCGGGACUCACAGAUCAGCCGCAUCUGGAUGCUCUUUACGCGGCCCAGUCAUCGUCAGUUCCUGCUUCUUUUUCUCUCAAGAUCAUCCCUAAGCUCUCAGCUCGAUUCUUAUGCGACCUCAAUCGACGGUCCUGCUGUUCGCUGAUUCAGAAGUCGUGGCGCCGCCGACGCCUUCAACCAGGAUAGGUCAAAACAACGAGAGUCAAGUUGUCCAACAGACUCUUGCCUGGAAAAACAAGGUAUGUUUGUUUUUUUUUUAGUUUAACAUGUAGAAUUGCGAAAUUUGUACUUUUUGUCUCCGUUACGGUUGAUUCUGUGAAGACAAUGGACUCGACAACAAAUUGAAAGGGAACGUUUUGAAAAGUGAUGAGAAUGUACUUCUCAAGUCACGAUGAAGAUCCGAAGAAGCUCAAUUUUUAUAAUAGAAAGUUUUGACAAGAGAAACCAAACGAAAUGGUAGCCAAGAAUUUUCAAUUUCAAGUUUUUAAUAUCAUUUCAAGCAUGAUCCAUUUUCGAUUUUCUGGCCUCAUUGUUCUAUAAUUUUUUGAGAUCGUGAUCAUCAUUUCUCAAAUGCCUUCUGCUCCUCUUGAACCUCUGGGCGACUUUUUCGACGUUUUGCGCCGAGUUGUUGCCGCCACUCAUGGAGAUUUGCUGAUUGUGGACAAAACAGACCUCGAUUCAGUGGGUGGACUGCUUUCAGAAAAGAAAACGUUCCCAUUUUUAGGUGACGAAAAACCUGCUCAGUUACUUUUAUGAAAUGCAAAACGUGUUUGUGCAGUACUACAACAACUCAACGAAAACUAUUCCCAUUUCGUCAGACUCUAAAACGGCAAACAGCUAUGUCCUUCUCACGUGUGAGAACGGCCGCCAGCGUGAGUUCAAGCAAUUCUCACAGAAUUAUUCAAGUUUGAAUCAGUGCCGACUCUGACCAACGCCGCCGACGGCUCUCCCAUCAAAAGUUUGACUAGCGGUCCUCGAUACGCGGUUUUUGAACAAAUUUCUGGCCGCUGUUUACAUUAGUACUUUUCCAGCUUUACGUUACACAGAACAGUGUUUCUGCUACAGUAUCCGUCACGGGUACCGAUACUCACAAUGUGAGGGUCUGGUUCGCCUCUCUCGACGACGUUCUCGUCACGUACAGCAACCGUCCAGAAGUCGACGUCGGCACGGCAUACUCGUUCACAGGUUACCGCUUCAUGCCUUGAAUAAUUCUGAAAAUUCCAAACCCUUUUUUUGUUUCUUCUUCUUCUUUGAAGCCUGUUAUUUUCACUGCAGUUAUAUAUAUAUCGCAAAUUAUUGAAUUUGUAAUUUAACCAAUUCUUGCCAAAUAGUGUAAUCUGGGGGUUCUAAGGCGUCAAAAUCUUGGAGCUAGAAUUCUCGACCUGAUAGGAGAUCAUUUAUCUUUCACGGUUUGAACAAGUCUCAACGGUCUGUCUUUCUCUUUUAUUCAUUGGAGACUUUAUAGAAACUUGAAGGAAGCAUAUAACAUGAAAGAGCCGCUUAAACAAGAAAGGGACUGAAAAAACGAAGAAAAAAAGAUUUUUCAAAAAGAAGACCUUUGCGCUGACACUGAAAACUUUCAACUUUUUUCAUUUCUACGGCAACAGAUUAUUACAAUCAUUUUCACACAAAAAAAAACCUAUAUGUCGAGCUUCGCUGAAGAGUUUCUCUCAGGAAUGGAUCAAAUAGCCAGUCUGUAUUCCUCAAUUUCUGGAACCACGGGGCUAAAAGUGACUCGAAUCGGCACUUACGACGGCGCCACAGUGGUCGCGGAGGCCGUCGCUGCAACUGAUCCGAACAAUCAAAUCUGCAAUUUCCCCUACAAGCUUCCUGCGAUCAAAACCUGCACACCAGGACCUUUCAUGUGAGUCAAUGUUUUUGGAUAAUAUCGAAAAAAAAAAUCAUUUUACUUGGAAGUACUGCUUUUAAAAACGAUUUUCUGUGCUUUUCGGAAAAUCAAGAUAAAGACCUGAUUUCCAUUUUGGAAAGUGUCGAAGCUUUUCACGUUUGGAAUUUAUCAAGACUUUGUUCGAUCAAUAAAAAUAGAAACCUGGUUGAGUUAUUAAAGAAUUAAAACUUUGUUUUGCUUGACUUUCCGUUUAUUAAAAUUAAAAAAGUUCUUCUUUUGUUUUUCUGGAAGAAGAAAGAUAUAUUGUUUUUUGGAGCGAAGCUGUUAACCUUGUCAACCAAUUUCAAUAUUUUUGAACCAUGUUCUUUUCAGUCAUUCGGUUGCGAUUACUACCGCCACUGGAGUGUUGAAUCGCGUCCUUCCCGGUUAUUGCGCCAGCCCAGGUGCCAGUGUCUCAUAUUCCCGGAAAAAGGCUGUUCUAGAUACUCACACCGCGGCAGCCUUGGUUUGUAGCAAUGGAGGAACUGCGUCAGACGGAGUCUGCAAAUGUGGCGCCAACUUCCAAGGGAAAAAUUGCGAAGUGAAUGGCUCUGGAAGAUUUCUCCCUCAAAUCUUCAAUUAAGCUUCCUAUUUGCCAAAAUGGAGGCACUGUCGACAAAUUUCCGAAUGGAAACGGCCACGGUUUCUGUCUCUGCAACAUGGGCUUCAGUGGAAGCUUCUGUGAGAUACGUGAGUUUUUCGGAGAUCGAUUUCAGAACUUGAGCUUCAGUUUCUUGCAACUCCACGUCUUCCGACACAUUCGAGUCAUUCCAACGCAGUUUCGCUGUAGUUGUGGAAAACUCCCUCGCGGCUUCUGCGGUGAGAUUUUUUUUUCCAACUUGCCUUUCCUCAGAACAAACUUUCACUACUCAGAUUUUAGGGCCUUUCCAACUUGUACGACAGUCUCAAAAUUUUCCUCCAGCCAACAAGUGGAGGCGUACCUGACUUUGACGACUUUGUCCUCACCACUUUCAAAGCGCGGACAAUCAAUGGUAAGCCUCAAGUUUUUUUCCUUGUCGAGACGGAAACACAUGUGCUAUUAGAAAUGCCAGAACACGUCGGUACCAUAACUGCAAGUUUUUGCAGUUUUUGACUUUCACUUAAAAGGAGACCCCAGGUGGCCUCAAUACUAUUUUUUGAAUAUUAUUUAAGACGUUGAGAAUUUGAAAAAGGUCUUCAUAUAUAUAUAUUCAAGUUUCAAGUUUAGCAAUUGAAUACUACCUUCGAGAACGGGCCCAAAUUCGAACUUUUUUCUUGUUUUUCACUGAACUUUCCAGAUGUGAAGCUUAUCGAUUUUCUCAGAGAACGUUUUUUGAAUUAUUUUUAUAGGGACAUCUUCUCCGUUAGUUGUGAGCAACAAGUACAACAACGCGAGCAACUUCCUCGCCGCGACUUUGCCUGUCAACAUCGGCUACUCGUAAGAAGCGGCGAAUUUUUACCCAAUCGGUAUCGAUUUCUAGAUUUUCUCCGCUGGACAUGUCUCCGCCAGGACUUUUGGCCCUCCAGACGACUAUGCGCUCUAUCGACCACGACAAAUCUUCCAUUUUCUUCUUCACGACCGCCCAAACCGACGUGGCAGCCGAUUACGCCGACUACAACGACCUCUUGUAGGUUCAAAGCCCGAUCGAACUUGAAACUUUUCUUUCAAUCAAUAUAAAAUAAAUGCUCUGAUUUUCUAGAAUGAAAAAAAAAAAAGAAAACUGUUAAUCCAGUCAAGGCCUUCACUAAGAAUAACUGACGAGAUAAAAGCGAGGUCGGUGGCGGUACAUUGACGAGCUCGCAAACAUCUCGCUUUUUUCAAGGCGCGAUCUCGCAUUUCUCUCGGCGCGACCUCGCAUUUUUCUUGGCGCGAUCUCGCAUAUAUCUCGCACUUCGGAAAUUUUCAAAUUGCGAGAGAAAUGCGAGCUCGCGCCUAGAAAAAUGCGAGCUCGCGCCCAGAAAAAUGCGAGACCGGCGCGAGAAAAAAAGCGAGAUGUUUGCGAGCUCGUCAAUGUACCGCCAGUGUCUCGCGUUUAUCUCGGCAGUUAUUCUUAGUGUUAACACGCGUUCUCCCAGAAAAUCGAACAAAUGCAAAAAAUUUUGGUACAAAAAUUUCAUCUUUGUUCCUGAAAGCUCUCCUUGCUAUCAUAGAUAGUGAACAACCUCUUAAAUAUUUAGAACCAGGUUUUAUUAGGCUCCGCCCACUUUCAGGCUUACUGUAUAAAAAACACCGUAAAAAACCAAACUUUUUUCCUAGUGGAUCAAAUUGGUCCAAACAAAUUUUAAAACAAAAUAUGUUCUCAUUUGAACAUUUAUAGUUAUAGAACUGACCCGGGAAAAAUUUUCUUCCAGAAGAAAAAAAUUAAAGUCUUUCGAAAAAUGACGAUUUUCGCAGUCUUUGAGUCAUAACUAGUACUAGAACCCCCGAAUGCCUGGAUUUUUAUUUUUUCAAUCGACGCGUUAGGGUCUCGUGAGUAGAGGAAAAAUGCCUAGAAACUCUGAAUCCGGGUGAUCCAGUUGACCUCCAUCUCGAAGAACGCGGCCAACUUGAAAAUCGCAAAACCUUUGAAAAUUUCUAACUUUUGUGAAAGCCGGAUUCCGUCUUGUUUCUUAUUUUCGUUCAACAUAACACAGCUUGCUGCAAAAUUGCAGCUCAAAAGUAGCGAGCUGGAACCCUUUGAAAAAAAAUUUCUGACGUUUUUCUAAUUUUUCGUUUUUUCGGCAUUUUCAAACUUUCCGCUCUAACUAGUACCCAGGCUCUGUUUCCGGGUGAUCCAGUUGACCUCCAAGCAACCAAAGCGGUCGACCUCGAAUUCGAGCAAAAUUUAAAAAAUUUUCCAAACCGUUUUUUGCUUCCUAACCAGUAGUUCUCAUCAUCUGGAGGGUUUUCAGUGUAGUUUCCACCAAUUGCUAGCGUCAAUUUUUAUGUUUAGCUCAUUUUUGUUUUUGUCAGAAUUUUUAAAAUUUUCGACGGGAGGCAGCCCCAGCAAUACCCCUGUCUGUCGAAUAAUCUGGAAUUCCCUGGUAUUAUGCCUAAAAGAAAGUUCCAACUUACGUAAAGACACUACUUACGAAAAAUAGCGACUACUAUUUUGUGAAAAGUAAGAAUCUUGUUAGGCAUGAUCAAUAUAUCGCUUUCUGAAUUUUUUUUUUUGCAAGAAUCUAGAAGAGACUUACUCAUCUUUCUGUGGCGUAAGUUUUUAUCUGAUUCCUUUCAAUUUAUCAACUGGACUGAAACGCUGAUCAAAUUAUUUUGGACAAAAAGUUUUUUAAAAUUUUUUUGAUUCUUUUCGGUUGAAAUAGUUUUGUCUUUUUUUCUGUAUGAGAAAAUCUGUUCAAUCUCGAAAAUAGGAGAACUUGAACAUUUUUUCCAUGCGAAAUCCAAAAAAAUGAUUUAUCUUGGAAAGCUCAAAAAAAAAAGUCAAAAAAUUGAUAUCGAUAAACAAGAUUCUUACUUUUCACAAAAUAGUAGUCACUAUUUUUCGUAAGUAGUGUCUUUACGUAAGUUGGAACUUUCUUUUAGGCAUAAUACCAGGGAAUUCCAGAUUAUUCGACAGACAGGGGUAUUGCUGGGGCUGCCUCCCGUCGAAAAAUUUUAAAAAAAUUCUGACAAAAAACAAAAAAAUGAGCUAAACAUAAAAAAAUUGACGCUAGCAAUUGGUGGAAACUACACUGAAAACCCUCCAGAUGAUGAGAACUACUGGUUAGGAAGCAAAAAACGGUUUGGAAAAUUUUUUAAAUUUUGCUCGAAUUCGAGGUCGACCGCUUUGGUUGCUUGGAGGUCAACUGGAUCACCCGGAAACAGAGCCUGGGUACUAGUUAGAGCGGAAAGUUUGAAAAUGCCGAAAAAACGAAAAAUUAGAAAAACGUCAGAAAUUUUUUUUCAAAGGGUUCCAGCUCGCUACUUUUGAGCUGCAAUUUUGCAGCAAGCUGUGUUAUGUUGAACGAAAAUAAGAAACAAGACGGAAUCCGGCUUUCACAAAAGUUAGAAAUUUUCAAAGGUUUUGCGAUUUUCAAGUUGGCCGCGUUCUUCGAGAUGGAGGUCAACUGGAUCACCCGGAUUCAGAGUUUCUAGGCAUUUUUCCUCUACUCACGAGACCCUAACGCGUCGAUUGAAAAAAUAAAAAUCCAGGCAUUCGGGGGUUCUAGUACUAGUUAUGACUCAAAGACUGCGAAAAUCGUCAUUUUUUUCGAAAAAACUUUAAUUUUUUUCUUCUGGAAGAAAAAUUUUUUUCCCUGGGUCAGUUCUAUAACUAUAAAUGUUCAAAUGAGAACAUAUUUUUGUUUUUAAAAUUUGUUUGGACCAAUUUGAUCCACUAGGAAAAAAAGUUUGGUUUUUUUACGGUGUUUUUUUAUACAGUAAGCCUGAAAGUGGGCGGAGCCUAAUAAAACCUGGUUCUAAAUAUUUAAGAGGUUGUUCACUAUCUAUGAUAGCAAGGAGAGCUCUCAGGAACAAAGAUGAAAUUUUUGUACCAACGGUUAAUCGAAAAUCUCGGAGAACGUGUGUUAAAUUUCUUCCUCCUCUUUUUCUGUUAGUGAUCACUUUUCAUUUUUCUCAAGGAUAAGUGAACGAAUGUUUAUAUUGGGUUUCGACGCUUAUUUUUUUUUGAGAAAGCUUCUGAGAAAAUUUAGCUCUUGAAAUAAAUUAUGUUUUUUCUUUCAUCAAAUACUCACUCACAUUUAAAAAAAAAGUUCCAAAGAUUGAAAAAUUUAGCAAACUAAACCUUUUGGAUUUUAAGGAGAAGUGCAGUGGAGCGUCAGAUCGAAGUUUCCAUCGUUUUGAUACCACCUUUCAACAUAAGCGACUAUUGCACCGGCAACUAUACACUUUAUGAAGAGUUUGCUCGCCAGUCUGGAGGUCCCUUGACGGGAAAAUGCCUUUUUUCUUCAAUUAUUUCGGUUCAGGAAACUUUAUCAAUCUCUGCUUGAAAUACGUUUCUGAUCGCGAUCCGAUUCUCAAUGUUGGUCUUUUCCACAAAACGGUUUUUUAUUGAUUGGUUUCAGUUCAUCGCAUCCUACGGCAAUUCGCACCACCACACAGAAGUCAUCGAGUACAAGUACGUCGCCGACUGCAGCCAGGAAACGAAACUUCGAUUCUUCGUGUCGGAUCCCUCGACGGCCGUCUACGCUGUCGUCAAUUCUCGUAGGGCUCUGGAAAAGCCCCAAAAAGCCAAUUUGUUUUUCAGCUACGGUGCAAAACUUCACCGCAACCUUGACGAACGGAGAUUCAAACGUUAUUCAAACUUUGACUCCUGACGCUCAUGCCGUUCCGUUUUUCGCUAGUUAUCAAAUCAAGCCUACCGCUGCAAGUGUUCUCGGGUAGGCUUGCAUUACAGUUUCAGAGAAACAAUCGUCUAACUCACAGAUACACUUUGACCAUCAAGGCGGCGGAUGGCACUUCUGGAAAAUGUUGGGUCCGAGUCGACGAGAAAAGCCAACUCUCCGUCUACGUCGGAUUCUCACCUGAUCCUACCAAAGACAAAGUCGUCUCCAGUUUGAUUUUCGGUUGGAAAUUGCGAAACUAGGGGAUUGAAAAUGUGUUUGACAGCGUCCAAAGCGUCGCCGGUUCUUCACAUUUCUUCAGCAUUGCAAUCUGACCCUACGACUCAACUUUCCACAACCGAUGAUACCGGAGCUACUGUCUACCAGUUGACUGCUGCCCAUUUUAUGAAAAAAAAAAGAAGGAAAAUCUAAGGGCAAGCGGGACUCGGAGACUAGCCUCCUGCAAGUACGAGUACUACUUUGACUCACCAUUUGUGUGUGCCGCCGCUGGCGAAUCCUUUACCAUAACUGUGAGUAGACUGGGCUUUGAUUCAUCUAUAGGUCAUUCCAGGCGACUAUCAAAACCGCUGAAGUCACUGUUCAACGGACCCAACGAGCUUUUUGCUACAUUUCUGAACACCAAUGCUUGAAUGGCGGCCUUUACAGUAAACUCCCGACGCCAAACAUGAAACGUCCGAAUUUUCAGUAAACGGCUGUCAAUGCAUCAACGGAUACACAGGCAACUACUGUGAAAUUCCGCCUUGUCAGAACGGCGGCACUCCCAGCAACUUCCAAUGCUUGUGUCAGUCCAACUUCACAGGCAGCCUCUGCCAACUGAGUUAGUUUUUCGCUUCCCUCAAGAAAGCCUCAUUCCCACUUCUUUCAGCCAGCUGCUACGACUGGAACUUUGUAGAAACACACGAUCUGACUCAGCUUGAUUUCCAGCAGGUUCAUACCGAUAGAACAUUCGAGAUAACCUUUUUUGCAGAUAACUUUCGUCUUGGAAGUGAACAGCAGAGCAAUGUUGCUGCCGAUCAUUUACUUACAAACGGUGAUUCCGACCUUCGUCUCUAAUACGUACAACUCUCUUGCGCCAAAGCAGUACACCCUUGUAACUUUCGAUGAAACGGGUGAUUUCUUGAAUAUUUUCUUCCUUUUCUGUCGUGACUUUUUUCACAAACCAAUUAGUUCAGGAGCGUCCGUAAUUGCAAGCACGGCGCAUCCAGACGUUUUUAACAACGCGAUUGCGGUAAGAAUCAACUUCAUUUGGGUCAUAAAAUCGAGCGAGAAAACUAUCACUUCCAAGGAAAAGUUGAAAUUCUCCAUCAAAACGUUAUUUUUUUUUUCAUAAUCUUCCUAAAUUAACUUACAAAAUGAGAACAUUUUACGAGUUAUAUAAAGAGAGUUAGUAGGAUUUUUUUUUGCACUAUUCUUGAUGGCCUUUGACGACCUUUUUUUUCGACUGCUCUUCCAGGCUCUUUCUUACGAUUCUCGAAAAAAAAAAACCAGAAAAACCUUGUUUAUCAGACAUGAUUGAACUGAUUGCAGAACCUUCCCAAAGGCUUGAAUACGCCCACGGCAACCGCAUCCUACGAUGGAGUUCUGAAGGCGUUCGCGGGAACUCUGGAGAGGCCGGCGAUCAUCUUCGUUUUCUCGGCAACGUCUCCCAAAACGUCUUCAGUGGUCGAUCUCUUGAGACAGCGCUACGGCACCCAAGUCAACGUCAUUUAUCCGAACAGCACUGCGCCGUUGCCGCCGACGGGCUCCACGAACUACUUGAUCGCCGCCUCUCGUCAAUCUAACGGUCGUGUCAUUCCUAUCCAGAGCUCUUUGUUCACUUCGGUAGGCUGUUUCGAUGAUGAUACCGCCCCACAGUGGUUUUUCUAGCUCCCGGCAAUAUUGGCUCAGAUGCUCAAGGAGAACGCCCUUCUUCUUGACUUUGGAGCCAAGGUUUCGGUUGGAACUCGCCUUGCUACAACUUUUCUUGAUAAAUAGGACUGCUCAACGGCGCAGACCUUCUCUUUCUUUGUCGAGUCUAACACUACGAAGCUCGUUGUUCUGGCUAAAGGCAAUAACGUGCAGGCAACGUUCACAAACCCUGCUGGUAACUGACUUUGAAUCGAAAAUACGGUGGAGGUAGAGUGUACCUCUUAGAACGUUUCAGAGAGUUAGCUUUAUGAAUUUUUUUUAUGAUUUUUUUAAAAAGAUUUUGACCAAAAAAAAAAUUUUAUUUUCAAUAAAACUGUUCAUUCAAAUAUUGAGAGAAAAAUUUCAGGGCAACAAACUACAAUCAAUCGGGGAAAUCUAGUUCUCAAUGACGUGAAUACAAAAAUGUACAGUAUUGGCAAGUGAUAUUCUUCAACGGCAUUUUUAAAAGGGAACGGUUUCAGAUGUAAGUACCCAGCGUGUUGGAAAAUGGACUGUGACUCUGAAAACCUCGGCCUCCAGCUGUAACAUACAGGUUAUAAUAUAAAAAUAUAUAUCUACCCAUUUACAAAAUGAAUGAAACAGACUAAAAUAUGUUCCUUUUCGAGUCAGUCUUAAUUCAAAAAUACAACCUUUUUCUUCUGUUGGAACAUGAUUGUCACGAUUCAGGCGCGCUCCAUCUCCACGCUGCACGUCGUUCCGGGCUUCACUUCGGAUCCUCAUAUGGACUACGUGCAUCGUGAACCAACGGUCGGAACAAGUGAGAACAGAUUUUUUUUUUUGAAAAAUAUCAGAAAAUGUAUUGCGUUAAGACGGCGCACUUAAAUCUUACAUCACUUUCCGAAUAACUGAGAGCUACGACUUUGACAGCAUUAACUACGGUGCUUCGGUAAGAUUCAGUUUUGAAUCAUUUUCGAUGAUAAUUUCUCACAGGUGAAAUACCUGGAGGCCUACAAUACAGACUUGCAAGAGCCCUGGUCAACGAACACACUUUCUGUCAACGUGACUGUGAACCAAAGAGAUCCCUUGGCAUGUGCAAGUCAAUUCGUCACGCCGAUCAUUGCGGUCGGUUAUCUUCGUACUAUUACUCUUGAAACACCUCGAAACUUUAAAUAUCACCUGGUCGCGACGCCAGCAUACUUAAAUUUCUCGAUCUCCUGACACACUUCAAACAUUUCUAGAGCAUAUAAUCUUCCAGAUUGGAAUUUUUUUUUAAAAAAAAGUCAGUAAGGACCAGUCCGAGUGAACCGGGAAAGAUAUCGAACUGAUCGUGAGAACCCCGAGGAACAUGUUAAAUCGUUUGAAGAAUAUUCAUUUUUAAGGAAAUUUAAUGCAAGGUACAGAGAGCUCAUUCGUGGGCAGACCAUUUUUAAAAGCCGUUUUUAUUGUGUCAAAUACUACGUCCCUGAGAUUGAAUAUUACAUUUUUCCGUUGUUUUGCUAAAUUUUUGUAAGCCAUCCCCUCCUCCUAGGUUGAGUUUUGUACUUGCCCAUGUAUGUGCCAGUCGGCUGUUAAGUUUCUCAUCAUGUAAAAUUCUUGAACGUGAUCUUUCUUUCCCUCUAAGCGCCGAUGUUACAGUGGUCAAGCUCUUUCGAAAAGUUCAUCGUUUACGGUCUUGACGGCAAUGGAAACAUGUUCCAGAGGACAUUCUUCUUCAACAAGCAAAGUGGAGCAAGUCGGUCAUUUAAGCUCCAACCCGAACAUAUAAAUAAAAAAAUCAAAAUUUUUUUGAAUUAUGGAAAAAAGACCAAAACUUUUUUUCCGAAUUUUGCACGCUAUCUCAUGAAAUUUUAAUCCUUAAUAUCAUUAUUGGAAUCGACAGAAUGCGUCCACGGAUCCUUCGACGCUUUUGGACAAUGCAUCUGUCAGACUGGCUAUUCGGGACCUUCCUGCAACCAGCCAGUCUGCCAAAACGGGGCCACCCCGGCCUACGGAGUCUGCGACUGUCCUAAUGGGUACUAUGGAGUUUUUUGCGAGCAAUGUUUGUCAGCCUUCAAAAAAUCAAAAGAUUAAUCAAUCUGUUGCAGACAUCACAUCGGCGACUCUAUUUUUAUGA